AAUAUAAAUUAAAGAAUGUUCUUUGUUUAUUUUGCAUCAUUAGUAUAUCUAUUAGUAGCAUAAGAAGAGAAUAUUGAUGAUGAUGAUGAAUUUUUAUAGCCUCCUCCUGAUGAUGAAGGUUCAUUUGCUCAUCCUUUACAUAGAACUUAUUUAUAAGAUUCAUAUUGUAUGGAUGGUACUUAAGCAGCUGGAUAUGUUUACGAAGGUAGUACUGAUGAUUUAAUUAUGUAUUUUUAUUCUGGAGGAAUAUGUAUUAAUGAUAAUAGUAAAUUUCUAAAAUAUGGAGAUUAUGUUUAUAUUGAUAAUUGUACAUAUAGAAAUACUACAUUUUAUGGUACUACAAAUGGAUAUCCAGAAGAAUUCAAUGCUAAUUAAGGUUUAAUGGGAAAUAAUAAAUAUUAAAACUUUCAUCUUAGAAAAGCUCAUAAAAUGUUUCUUAUGUAUUGUGAUGGUAAUAUGUGGUAUUCAUAAAUGAAUUCUAAAGUUUUUAAAGGAGCAUUAUCUUAAAUGAAGGUGAUACCUAAAAGAAUUAUUUUAGCAGGUUCAGGUGUUGGAGGAUGGUAUUUAGUAAAUAAAUAUAAUGAAUUAAGAACUGUUAUUAGAGAAUUAUAUUAAGAAGAUGUUGAAUUAAGAAUGCUUUUAGAUGGUGUGAUAUUUGAUAUAUCUAGAAAUUAAGAUAUAAUAGAUGCUUAUACUGAAGUUACAAAUAGAGUUGGAAUAACGAUUAAUGAUAUUUUUUCAUUUGAUGCAUUAAAAAAAGUAGAUAUACCUACUUUUAUAGUACAUGCUCAAUAUGAUUGGUGGUAAUUAGAGAUUGCUGAUGGUUUUGAAUGUAUUGGUAAAAUUCAUUUGGAUAAAUGUACUCCUAAAGAAAAGAAAUAAAUAGAAAAAAUUAGAUUAAAUAUUUUAUAAUAAUUAAAGGAUUUAAUGAAAAUUAAACCAGAUUGGGGAUUAUGGGCUAUAAGUUGUGUAUUUAAUGAAUUAAUUAUAUGGACUGAAGCUUGGAAUCAUCCAAAAUUUUAAGUUCCUAUGUUAGAAGGAGGAAGAUUAUCAGAUAAAUUUUAAGAGUAUUUUUAUAUAUAUAUGAAUUUAGUUGGUUAGAAAACAAAGGUGAUAAUCAUGUAACUUAUGAUAUUGUUUCAUGGCCUGAUAAUAAACCAUGUAGUAAUAUCUUUCAUAGUGGUAAGACUGAUCCAUAAUUGGAUGAUAUGAUAAGAAAUUAUGAAAUUAAUGAAUCAAGGAGAAAACGAGAAGAAAAAUAUGAUUUAUGAUAAU